GGCGGGGCCGCCCCGCGCGCCUGUCGCGGCUGCGCCGGCGCCGCCACCCCCACAGCGGGCGGCCGUUUGUGCGCGGGGCCGGCGGUCGGCGUGGGACCGACGAGGGCGGGAAGGCGCUGUCGCUGAACGCCGGCACGGUUUCCUAGAUCUAAAAGAAAGGCCGAGUUAGAGUACCCUUCCAAAAUGGCUGCUAUUAAGGAGGAGAGAGAGGUGGAAGACUACAAGAGGAAAGGAAGACGAUCCUCACAGCAGAAAUACCGUAGACUGAAUAAGGGCCAUGAGCCAAAGGAGCCAGAGCAGUUGAGAAAGCUGUUCAUUGGAGGUCUGAGCUUUGAAACAACAGAUGAUAGCUUGAGAGAGCAUUUUGAGAAAUGGGGCACACUCACGGACUGUGUGGUGAUGAGAGACCCACAAACAAAACGUUCCAGAGGCUUUGGCUUUGUGACUUACUCCUGUGUGGAGGAGGUGGAUGCUGCCAUGAGCGCUCGACCACAUAAGGUUGAUGGACGCGUGGUUGAACCAAAGAGAGCAGUUUCCAGGGAGGAUUCUGUAAAGCCUGGGGCACACCUCACAGUAAAGAAAAUAUUUGUUGGUGGAAUUAAAGAAGAUACAGAAGAAUAUAAUUUAAGGGAGUACUUCGAAAAAUACGGAAAAAUUGAAACCAUAGAGGUCAUGGAAGACAGGCAGAGUGGAAAGAAGAGAGGCUUCGCUUUUGUUACUUUUGAUGAUCAUGAUACAGUUGAUAAAAUUGUUGUUCAGAAAUACCAUACUAUAAACGGACACAACUGUGAAGUGAAAAAAGCACUCUCAAAACAAGAGAUGCAGACUGCUAGCUCUCAGAGAGUGAAAUAUUUUGUAGGUCGUGGGGGUGGCUCAGGCAACUUCAUGGGCCGUGGAAACUUCGGAGGCGGUGGAGGGAAUUUUGGCCGAGGAGGAAACUUUGGUGGGAGAGGAGGCUAUGGGGGUGGUGGUGGCGGUGGUGGGAGCAGAGGAAGCUUUGGGGGUGGUGACGGAUACAAUGGAUUUGGUGAUGGUGGCAACUAUGGAGGUGGUCCUGGCUAUGGCAGCAGAGGAGGAUAUGGUGGUGGUGGAGGACCAGGAUAUGGAAACCCAGGUGGUGGAUAUGGAGGUGGUGGAGGAGGAUAUGAUGGCUACAAUGAAGGAGGAAAUUUUGGUGGUGGUAAUUAUGGUGGAAGUGGAAACUACAAUGAUUUUGGCAAUUACAGUGGACAACAGCAGUCUAACUAUGGUCCCAUGAAAGGUGGUGGCAGCUUUGGUGGCAGAAGUUCAGGCAGUCCCUAUGGUGGUGGUUAUGGAUCUGGAAGUGGAAGUGGGGGCUAUGGUGGUAGAAGAUUCUAAAAAUGCUACCAGAAAAAGGGUUGAAUGAGAAGCUGCUGCUUGACAAAAUGGGGCAUGUCUUGCACAUCCUCUUCAAAUGAAGGUUUCUGACUGGGUAAGAUUUGUAGUGUAUAGUAAAAUGUGUUUAACCCCUAUUUCCUUCUAGGCUUUCCUUUGACAGUGUUACUAUCAAGGGAAGCCAUAAGUACUAAGCAGCAAAUAUUCCAGCAUUUGUCAUCCAGUGUUUCCUGUUCUGGAUGUGCGCUGCUUGCUGGCACAUUUCCUAUUCAAGAAUCUUCUGUUCCUGGCAGAUGCAAAACUGCUUCGUGUCUGAGGUCAACAAGACAAGUUGAUGUUUUGAAACAAUGUGUUUUGGUUACUGGGGAGUGUGCUGGGCUGGGGGGAAAUUGUUCUGUGCCUUGUCGUGGAAAGUGGUGCUGCAGAGAAGCCCGGGAAGGCAGUGGCACUGAAGUGGUUCUUCAGUUCUCAGCAGCUGUGACUUGCUGCUGCUUGCACCCGUUCUGGGAGGGAGCUUGGUAUUGGUGCGAGCUGGGAUUUCCCUCCUAGGUAGUGGAUCUUGGCUCAGCAGGGGGUGUUGUAUUUACCUGUACAAAUCAAAGCUCCCUCUCAGAUUCUGGGUGCUUUCAGGCAGGGUAAUUGAAGCUGAUACUCAUGAUACCCAGCUGAAAUCACAAUGGCAUUUGUACAGGCAAAUAGAACGAUAAUAAAAACUUAUGCAGUCUUGAUUUUACACAGACUGGAACAUGUAUUAAGUCUUGGAACAUGUAUUAUUUCCUUUUCUGCGUCUUUGAUACAGGUCCUUUUAUAAAGUACUUCAGCAUCUGUUUAAUACAUUUCUGAGCCUGUGCAUUCUUACAAAGUCAAUUUCUAUUUUAGUGUUGGUUAUACUUCAGUUGCUCUGAAAGUAGUCAGAUGGAACCUGCCUUAUCAGAGGCAUGUUCACAAACUGUUUCAAGUACUUAAGACUUUCUACCUCCUGCCUGUAGACUCCCAGAAAGUAAUUCCUGACUUUGUAACACACAGUUAACUAAUUUGGAAGUAACAUACAGAGACUUUCAUAAAAUCAGAAGCUACUGAAUUGCAAAUCUCAUGAUAACUGCAUGUACUUUUUAAAAAACAUUGAGACAAGUUUGUGCUUAGCCAAGGUUGAGCCUAAAAAUGAAACUGCAGUACAGUCACGUUGCCUUAGUGUAACAUGCCAGCUUGUUGCUGAGGUGAUGAGCUUGCUUUUUUUGUGUGCUCUGCUUGGCAGAGCUUCUGCAGGCAUCUGUGCAGCAACAGGUAAUGGGGAACAGCAUUGCCACUCAGGUACAGACAAAUGCUCUUGCACCUGCAGUGCCCUUUUUUUAACGGUAGAAUUGCAAAAAUGUUUUAACAAAGUUAAUUUGUAACAAAAACUUUGUAGUUUGUCUUGCUACUAUGCCUGUGCAUAGAGUAAAGCUUUACCUUUCUUUAAUAUGAGAGGAUUCCAUGUUACUGCAGACUUUGUGUGCUCUGGGUGGGUCUUUUUGCACCACAUACAGGAACAGAUAAUCACUGUUGGAAUUAUUUUCACAGUUUGAUUUAUAACACUCAUUAAGAUUAAUUUGCUUAAAUUCAGUUAUUUAUAGCUAAAUCUGUUCAGAAAUAACUUUGACCAAAAUAAACACUUUAUUAAGGGAGUGCUAGGUCAAUUGUAUCUCUGUCCAAGAGGCACUUUUAAGAGUUAAGAACUUUAUUUCAUGGCUGUGUUUUUGUUUACUGGCUUGUGUUGAAAUUAGCAGCUUUCAAUGGAGAUGGGGAUGUAAAGAUGCAAAACUAACAAAGCAUUGGUCCCUAAGCUACAGUUGUACAGAAAUUUACUUGAUAACAAAAAUGAUACUUCCAGGCAGAGAAGGGAGUUUCCCCAAAAGCAGCCCAGAUUGAUGGAGGUAACUGCUAUUACUGAAAACCAAAAUUAAACACAGCAUCUUAACUUUUAUAUCUUUUCAAUACUUAAGGUUCCUAAUCUUUUCAAGCAUGGAUUGUGUGAUGUACUGAUGUGCUGUCUUUGGUUCCUUGUUUAAGACGUUAAAGUGGUUUUCAUGUGCUGUCUGCACUGAGGUGGAAUAUUCAUAAAUCAGUCUGUGGUCUCUGACAAGUGUGUGUAUCUUACAAUUGUGUGGAGCAUGUAAGAUCUUGAGUAUCACUGCAAUUCACAUAUCUGAUGGAUGAUUCUUUUUCUGCUGUGGGUGCUACAGGUUGACAUCUCUCUCUAUUAGCUUUUCCUGAACUAAAGUAAUCCAAGUAUCUCCACAGAAGAAAAAAUGGCCUUCACGUAGAAGAUGAUAUCGCAAGAUUGGAAACAGAAUAAAAUGGUAUAACUGGCAGCCUUCAAGAGCAGUGGUGCUAAUGUGCUGACAUCUUGAAACUUGUGGUUAAACAAGUUAAAAUAGCGUGGAAAUUUCAAAUUUCAGUAUAGUCCAUAAUGGAUUAAAAUUUGUUAAAAUAUUUUAAUUUUGUAUCAGAAUAAAGUGUAUAUUGUCAAAUGACUUACAAUCUAAAA